AUGGGGACCAGCACGGGUGUCCCGGAGCUCCGUACAAGCUCUCCAAAUAGUCAGAGGGGAGCUUGCGAGUCUCGGGAAGGCGGCGGGGACGCGGGGCUCGCACCUGCUCUACUUCCUCCUCCGCAUCUCGCGCGCGUGGAGGCCCAGAAGCACCUGAGCUGGCAGGGCUCCGCGCUGGACCUGGCCAUCAUCAGCCCAGACCCCAGGGCCCUCGAGCGGAUACCCCGGUACCACCACAGCCCGACGCAAGAGAAGGAUGAGCUCCCAUUAGCCCAGGGUGCAGACCAAGGCCUGGUUCCUGCCUGGGGUCUGGGGGCCUGGCGGGGGAGGGCUGGGGCCAGGAGCUUGGGGGCUGUGUGUGCAGCAGAGGGACUGUGUGUGUCUGGGGCGAGUCUGCGCCCCUCCUUCUGGCUGCCGGGAAUUGCCUGCGUUUACGAGUGUGUGCCCGUGUCCCAGUGGCUAGUCUCUGUGUGCGUUUGUCCCCCGAUGUGUUCAGGGGAAAGGAGCAGGGUGGUCGGAAGGACUGCAGAGUCAGGAUGCGCCGGCUGGGAGUCUGGCUUCUGCCACUUAAGACCCUGUGCCUUGGAUGAGUUUCCCAGUUUUUUCCUGCCUCGGUGUCCUUGUUCCUGGUGGAUGCAUUCAUCUACCAAAUAUUUAUCGAGCAUCUGCAGUAUGCUAGGCACUAGCCCAGGCCUUGGAGGCCGCAGCAGUGAGCAAAAGUCGCAGAUCCUGGCUCUGGUGAGCCAGGCCAACAAUAAAGAAAGAAUUGAGUACACAAUAUGUCACACGGUGGUGAGUGUGGUGUGUGUGUACAUGGGAAGUUUUAGACUGAGAGGCCUUCCCAGGAAGGUGACCCUUGGAUAGAGUCCUGUGAAGUGAGGAGCGAGGACUUAAGUGGAGGAAGAGCAUCAGCCUGU